UCUCUUCCUGUGCGGGCUGAAGAUGGCGGCGUCGGGAGCCGGGUCUCCUAGCCGGCUGGUCCAGUACGUGGUGGUCCGCUCGGACCUGGUUCACAAGUUGUCCUGGCCUCUGGGAGCCGUGAUAACGCAGGCCUGCCACGCCGCUACCGCCGCCAUCCACCUGCACUACGGAGACCAGGACACGCAGCGGUACCUGUCCGAGCUGGACUCCAUGCAUAAGGUGGUGCUGGGGGCUCCAGACGAGGCUGCCCUCUCUGGUCUGUCAGAGAGUCUGACACAGGCUGGUGUGUCCCACAAGCUUUGGAUCGAGCAACCCGAGAACAUCCCCACAUGUUUAGCUCUGAAGCCGUAUCCGAAAGAAACUGUCCAGCCACUGAUGCGCAAGUUUAAACUCUUCAAAUGACUAACGCUCCGACUGCUGCUGCCUCGCAGAGACACUGUCCAGCCAGGCUCUCAUUUUUAUUUUAAAACAGCAUUCUGCUAAAUGAACGAUGGGCGUUAUGGCCAUUGCCUGUCUAUGAUUAAAAUCUGAAAUUAUGUCUGUUAAUCUGGGUUAAUUUAUUCUGUUGUUGUACAAAAUGCAAAGGUUGUAUGGCAUUCAUAUGUGAUGUAAAAGCAAAAUGGGCUCUGGGUGGCACCACCCACCAAAAACUGCACCAACAAAAAGCCCUCAUCUCACUUCCCUGCUGGUUCUCAUUGUUCAAGUAAAUAAACCUGAUUAAUGCGCUAUAA